CUCGCCGAUGCUGCACAAAAGCCCAGGAUUACACAUUUGGAAUCCCAAGUAGAUUUUUGGGAAAAAUGCUCCUUCCUUAAAAAAUCUGAGUUUGUUCAAAAAGCUGGGGAAGCGUGCCAGCUGGUGUGCGAUGUCAUUGCUCUAAGAGAUGGUAAAGCGUUAUUCCAAGCGGUCGUAGACCAUGGAAAGAAGUGCAAGACAGCUAUUGAUGUUGGACUUCAAACCCUUAUGGUCGCCUAUCAGAAUGCUCCCACAAAUUCACUUAGGACUCAAAUACUGAGUAUUUAUGCUGACAGAUUCUCAGCCAACGAGCUUAAACGCAUACAUCAGCCGUUUGAAAAUCUCUCCGACAGACAGAUAAAGAAGGCAAGAGCACAGGCGAAGAGUGAGGUGCCUACUGAAAAAAUUCCGCGUCACAGAAUCCGUAUACAACAGCGUCAGCUAGACCACUUCUUAGAGUUCACUUUGAGGCCAUAUUACUUUCAAGACGUAGCCUACGGCACUCACACCAUCAAACUUGAGAGUGUUGAAGAGUUUGUCAUGCCUAACAAGUUGCGCACAGUGGCCAAGUACACCAUCAUUAAUCAGUGCAUGGACCAUUGCAAAGAGAAUGGAUUUGAACCGAAAAGUAAAUCCACGAUGUGGUGAGUACUAGAAGUUCAAGAGGCCAAUCAGAGGAAAUCAUUGCGACGUCUAGACGAUACCGCAGCUGAGGGAGCGGAUGGUUUUAAGAAUUUUCUCCAAGUUAUAGACGAACUGGAACGCGUGGGAGCAGUAAAAGGAUUAGUGUAAAGAACUUCGGAUGAGGCGUCAGGAGAGCAAGUUGUAUUUCAAGACUACAUACCGUAAUCAAUGCAAAGAGGACGAUAGGAAAUGUGCCAAUCACUGUAGGGUCUUUGCACCGAGCAAUGCUGGUGAUACUGACUUUCACAGUCAAAGCAUGUUCUGA